AUGCAGAACCAGGAACCACAGAUUGGGCAUAUGCCCGUCUCGCAGCCGAAGAUGCCCGCCUCUUCCAGUCGCAUUCUUUACGACAUACCUUGCAAAGUGUGCCGGGAUCAUUCUUCGGGGAAACACUAUGGUAUAUUUGCGUGUGACGGGUGUGCAGGAUUUUUCAAGAGAUCGAUAAGAAGGAAUCGCCAAUACGUUUGCAAAGCAAAAUCUGAAGGAGGAUGUAUGGUGGAUAAAACGCACCGGAAUCAAUGUCGAGCAUGUCGCUUGGCCAAAUGUAUUCAAGCUGGCAUGAACAAAGAUGCUGUGCAACACGAACGUGGCCCACGAAACUCGACUCUACGAAGGCAGAUGGCCUUAUAUUUUAAAGAACCCGAAAUGAUGGCCAACAUGGUGCCCCCACCAGCCGGAGCCUUGGAUCUAGCUUUGCCCAAACCAGAACCCCGAGUUUCUGUCGCAGCGCCAGCCCCUCACCAUCCCCUUCCACACCCUAUUUAUUGUAAUAGCAUGGCCAUGUCGAAGAUUCCGGUCAGUAUGGCGGGUCUACCAUCGGUGCCGUUGAUCCCAGCGAUAACAGCCGAGUCCAUCUGCGAGCAAGCUGCGAGAUUACUCUUCCUGAACGUCCACUGGGCAAGAGACCUGGCUGUUGGAACGAACCUAGCGAUGGAGGACCAACUAACCCUACUAGAAUCCUCCUGGAGAGAACUGUUCCUCUUAGCAGCCGCUCAAAUUCUACCGACACUAGAUCCAACCGCUCUUCUUCCUCCUGGUCCCCAGGGAUUGGGCCUAGCCGUUGAAGUGAAUCGGUUCAAAGAGACCCUGGCUGGUUUUCACGCGAUGAACCUCGAUCAACACGAAUUCGCGUGUAUCCGAGCGAUCGUCCUCUUCAAGGCUGGUUUGGACAGCGAACCUCUUCCCAGCAGCAGAAGCAGCAAUGGUUCCGCGUCGCCCAGUACCGGAAGUAGGCUCAGAGAUGCGGCCGCAGUGGCGAGAUUGAGAGACGGAGCUCAGUUGGCUCUUGGACAGAGAUUAAGUGGUGCAUCCUUCGGAGCUCUCAGGUUUGGGAAAUUGUUGCUGUUGCUGCCGUCGCUUCGUUCAGUCUCCACCCACGCGAUCGAGGAACUAUUCUUCCGGAGAACCAUUGGGGUCAUCCCGAUUGAGAGGAUCAUUUGCGAUAUGUAUAAGGCUGCUUGA